ACAACGUCAUCAGCCGCGACGCACGGCAGCUGUAGUUCAGCGUUAGCUAAGUCGAGUCAGAAAUUCACCUUUAUGUUAUCAGCUAUAGCCGCGAAUCUAAAUUUAUGUUUUUUAAUACAUCUGGAGAAAUGCGAAGAAGAAAAAUCAGUGACCUGAGGAAAACCAGCUAGUCGAUCGGUUUCAGCGGGAGCAGAUUUAAGUUGUUUCCUACUUUGUGUCCUCGCUUGUCUCCUUGUGCCGGCCUCAGCAGCAUCAUGGUGGACAUUGCUGUGAAGAGCGGAGCGGCUUGGGUCUGUCACGCCCAGGAGCAUCACUUGGCUGAUGUCCUGCUUCCUGUUCACAUCAGUGACAACGACGAUCAUGAAGCAGAGCUCAGUCAUUCAGAGGGCGACGACACAAACUGGGGCGGCCCAGUGCUGUUGGAGCAGACAGAGGAAGGGUCUCCUUGUGUCCUGGUGCUCCACUGCAGCCCCUGCUCUCCCUCUGCCAUCAGCCGCCUGCUGAUCACCAGCGAGGCUCGAACCAUGGAGGUGUACAGCCAGAUGGGAGAAUACUGUGGGACAGUACGUGGGGAGAGGGACAACAGCAUCCAGCCAGAUAGUUCAGACAGAGGGCCUUUCUACAAAAAACAGCUGAUCCUUGAGCAUCCAUCACCAGCCUGUGAAGUGAAGCUGCUCUCCCUGGCUGGUAGAAGCAGUGUUUUGGUGUGUCGAGUCAUCGUGGGCCUUCAGCAGCUGCACCCCUGCCCGGGCCGUGGCCCCGGCAUCGACAUGCAGCAGGUCCAGUGUCUGGUUGAGGAAAUGGGAGCAAGCCUCUCACCGGGAGCCCAGAACCUCAUGGACAUGGUGCACUUUCAGCAGAAGAACCAGACCAGCUCUCUGGGCGGCUUCCUGCCUCUCCUGAUGGGCGGUGGAGCUUUGUCUGCCCUGGCUCAAGCAGCCAACACCUCUCUCAGCAACCAGCCCCAGCCUGCAGACUCCAGGCGUCCAGUCGGCUCCAUCAGGCCUGCAGAUGAAGCUCCGCCGGCUCAGAACGGAGCGAUGUCAAAUGACUUGACCUCUUCCUCCUCCUCCUCCCCAGAACUGUUGGUUUCUGGUGACAGCACCAAGAAUACAAUGAGCAGUGAAAGCAGAGGCCCAGUGAACCACGCCCAGCUGGCAGAUAUGAUGUCCCAAUUCCUGAAAGGACAUGGACACGGCCAAGCGUUAAGCUCAGGCCCUGAGUUUCUGCCCAUGCUCCAGAGCGUGUGCGGUCAGGUGACGAAGCUGAGGCUGGAUGACGCUACAGCGGUGGCCGAGAAGGAGAAGAAUAUGAGAAAUGGCACAUGGGAGUUGGACUCAGCCAUGGAGCGUCGUUUAGAGGACAUGGAGAGGAGGCUGAAGGAGCAUGUGGACCGUCGCCUGGACGCUCUGGAGCAGAAGCUGGAGAAGGCCCUGCUGAGUGCCCUCCCGCAGGUCGCCCUCAACCAGGGAGCCAUGAGCAGCUCAGUGGGAGAAGCAGCAUCCACCAGACUGUCGGAGCAGACUGCCCCGACACCAGCCAUACACUGAGUUCAGCACGGCUAAAAGACUAAUGUAACCUGGAAACCUUUCCUGCCCAAAGUAGACCAUAGUGUCAGAGGAGAAGCUGAGUAGGACGCAGACACUAACAGAGACACAGCGGUAAAAAUAAAAAGGCUGAAAUGGCAAAGAAAGACAUAAUUAGCACAGUAAUCUGCUGAAACAUAAAAUGUGUUAAACUAAAGAAAGGCAAAGAUGCAGCCUCUGUAACAGCUUGUUUAUAUUUGAUCUCUGGGUAAAAAGCAAACGAAUGCAACACUGUUUGACAGCCAAAGUGAAUGUCCUGGAUGUAGAACUGUCUCAUUAGCUUAUGAACAUGAUGUAAGUUUGGCCUUGUUACACAAAAAAAUGUGAAAAUCUAAAAAAACACAUCCUGCGGCUGUAAUGCAUUCUGGGCAAGUUUUUCCACAUGAAAAAGUAGCCAGAAAUACAUUACCAACAAAGAGGCCAUCUAAAACUAAACUGUAUUUGGAAGUAAAACUGGUUACAGCACAGACAGAAAAACAUACAAGCUUUAAAUCAUUGCAGUGAUGUUAUCUUAUCCAGGGCAGUGUUGGCAGGUUUUAACUUAAUGACAUGCAACACUAAUUUAUGGACAUUAAAGUGUGCAUGUAAACGCUCCAAUUUGCUCUCACAGGUUUCAUGACCCACAUGAACAACAGUUAUUUACACUAUGUACUGUACCUGCACUGAUGACGUUAAGUGUUUCGGUUAGUGAAGCCUUAACUGUUUGGUUCAGUUUGGUUUGAAACUUAUUCUGAUUAAAAAAAGUUUUAAUAAAGCACUGUAAUUUUUUAAAUAAUGUACAUGUUUGUAACGUAAAGAUUAUCUGCCAAUGUAAACUAUUAAAAGGACUUUUUGAGCUGUAAUGUUGAUGGUUUUAAUAACUGUACUGACGUAAAUAGCAAUAAAAAUAUAUUUAUACAAA